CGUGUUUUGAGAACUAGGAGCAUAAAUUCAUGAGUAGACCAAAGAGAAAGGCGGCUGAUCGUGACGGCAAUGAUCUGGAUUCAUCAGAUUAUGACGCGUAUGAAAAUAGCUUUAAUAGCUCCCAUACAUUGACUGACAAUCACCAACAGCAGUUCUACACGAUCAAGCCCAAUGUCACCAAAAAGAGUCGACCUGAUUUGGCUCAUGUGUUCACUGAGUCACUCAUGUCUAUUUUAAGUCCUAGAGGAAAACGCAAUGCGAUUCGCAAUAAUCGACCGCUACUGAGCAAAUCGAACUUGUUCAUUAAUUUAUUUGACGGCAGAGAGUCUAAUGAUGAUGUUCGAAAAAGAUACGAAUUGUUCGAAGAGAUGUGGUCACAGCAGAAUGAUAAGAUCAGUGAUAUCUUGAACAAUACUAAUAAGCAAUUAUUCAUACAUUUACAGCAAUUCAUUAAUGAAACAAACAGUGUUAAGUACAACAAGUUACCAGUAGGGUUCUUGCAAUUGAGUUCUAACACCGCCAACAAUCUUCGGAUUUUGCAGGAAUUCAACAAGUUCUUAAGUUCUGAAAAUGAGACACAUACUGACUACGAUUAUAAAGUAAUCAACAUCUCGUCAAAGAACUGCCACAACAUCAAGGCUACGUUAAAAGAACUUGUUAGACAAGUAUUGAACUCUAUUGAAAGCAACUAUUAUGAUGAGAGUGAAGACAUUAAGAAAGAGAAUAAAGAUGAAGAGGAUGAAGACGGAGAGGACGAAGAAGAUGAAGAAGAAGAUGAAGAAGUACAUCAAUUUCAGGGCAUAAAUUUCGGGAGUAAGUUGCUCUAUGAUCUUGAUAUGGUAGAGGAAUGGUAUACCAAAGCGUAUAAGCUGAAACGGAAAUUAAAGUUUGUAAUUUUAGUUCAAGAUACUAAUUCAGUAAGUAAUCAUGUGCUUAAUCAGCUCAUAAAGAUGUUAUAUGCGUACCGUUCCACUUUACCCUUAAAGUUAAUCCUUGGAUUAUCAUCCAACAAUAUCAGUAAUUGGAUCAACGAUAACUUCAACAAUGAAGUUCGUGUCAUUAUCAAUGGAUUCAAGUUUAAAUGUAAUGAUAAUAAGAUGUUGGGGUAUAAUAUUCUUCAGGAAUUAUUCCUUUCACAGUCCAGUAAUCUUUGGCUUAAUUUUAAGACAGCCACCAUUAUUUUAUCACGAUUUGAGAAUUCGAACAACUCCAUUGAUUCACUCCUUGCUGAGAUCAAACUCUGUUAUGCCAUUCAUUUCUAUAGUCUGCCCCUUAGUUCACUAAUCCGUUAUGAUACAUCUUCUUCCUUACACAUUUCUGGUUUAAGAAAGCUUCCCUCGUUCAAGCGAUACAUUGAAAGGAAAGUCUAUGAAGAUGACGAUGUUUCUGAGUUGUUGAAGUCUGAUAAGACGAUUCAAGACUUAUUAGUUGAGAAAAGAGAACAGUUUAAAUUAUACAAGAGUGACAUUAUCAGCUUGAUUACUGUCAUUGAUAAGUUACAGAGUUUAGUCCACUUCACUGGAAGGAAAGAACAGUUUGAGCUUUAUAAGUUAUUGAUUGGUAAUAAGCUCAGUGUGGGGCUGUUUAUCAGUGAUUUGAGUAAAUGUUACAGUGAUAGUGUCAACACUAACUUCAAGAGUAACUUCUAUGAGUUCAGAUCGUUUAUGAUCUCAUAUGAUACAGAAUGUUCGUUGGUGUUGCAGUUACGAGCAUCUCUCAAUGAGAACCAAGCCACUGGAUUUAGUCAGACACUUGCCCAGUUCUUUAAUUCACUCGGUAAGAUCGAGCCAUUAGAAGAAUUUGUAUUCCAUGAAGUGUUCUCAAUGAAUGGAGGUAUCAUUACUCACAAUUUUCAGCCCAUUAACGAAGAGAGUUAUGAGAAUUUGAUGAUUAAUUUGGUACGUCCCAACUUACGUUCGUCUAUUGAAGGUGGGUUAGAUAACAGUUCAACAUACUUGAAGAACCCCCUCUUUUAUCGUCAUUUACAAAACAACAGCAAUAAACUACACCCAGUAAUCACUCUCUUGUUUCGUGUGUACAAGGAGGCUCCAACAUCUAUCAAUAUCUAUGAUUUCUUCAUGGCAUUUAAACAGUCUUUAAAUAAGAAGGAUAUCAUUCAAUUGGUCAAUGAACAUGCUGAUAACAAUGAAUAUAUUUCGAGUCUUGACAUUGAACAUAAUGAAGAGGAUUGGAACAAAUUGGCAUACGCUUGGUUUGUACAAAACUGUCAGGAAUUGAUAAUGAUGGGCUUACUAAAAGAGAAGUCUAAGGGUGAUCAUCUUGAGAAGGUGGUAUGGAAAGGUGUAUAGUA